UGCCAUGAUUCGAACGGUUUCAGUGUUAUCAAUCUUAUGUGGACUGAGCCAUAGUUCGGGUGUGGGACACUUGACCUCAUUGGGCGCAGUAGCACCUAUCGCUCAGGUAGCUCAAGUGGUUCCUUCUCCGGUCGUCACCGCCCAGAGUUCUCAGUACUUUGAAAGGACUUUCAACCGUCUUAUCGUCCCACCACCAGUGUUUGAACCUGUACCCUUCUCUCAAUUUCCUGUGCAUAUUACUCCUGUACCAUCUGUGAUACGUGUAGCAGCUGCUCCUCCAGUGAUACAAGUUGCACAAGUACCACCAGUAGCAGUUGAACCUGUGACGAAAACGGUGAAAGCUCCAUCUGUACCGCCAAUUAACAAUGUGCCAGAGGAACCCAAUGUUGCCAUCGCCGUAGCUACCGCCCACGCUGCAGCUCCUAUCGCUACAAUUUUACUUCCUCCGUAUACGUUUGUACCACCACACACUAUAGGAUUUAUUCCUCCAGUGCCGCCGAUAAACGUACCUGAUGAAGACAGGAAGGAAUUUACGACACAAUCUACUACUAGUGUAACUCAAACCAUUCCAAGAGAACCGGAACCAACUACGCCUAUACCACUACCUUCAAAUACAGCUAAUAGUUUUGCACUAGCACAAUCAUCUAAUCAAAAUGUAAAUUUCAACCAAGUGUACGGACCACCACCGCGACAACCGCAAGCUACGCCUCAAAAAUUAAAAACAACUGUAGAAGUGGUACCAGUGCCUUUGAAGUACAUAUCGCCUCCUCCUAUACUGGCCCACUUUCACCACCACCACCAUCAUCACCAUCCUCCCCAUGGGCAUCAGCGCGCACAGGUCCAUACUUUCAUACCAGCUCCAGAUAAGCUAAUUGUACGACCAGUGAGAUGGCGUAAAAUGAGAGUUCCAAUUAGACUGGUGAAGUAUACAAGACCUCUUCCAGCAAGGAUCAUAGCUCGUAGUGGUGUGAUCAGAGCACGAGAAGCGGAACCUACUACCUUUAAUCCUUUUAAUAAGCCUGUUACAAAACCCCCACGGGUAUGA